CGGCACCCUUUGUGGUUCCAGCAGCAGUCGGCGAGCGAGCUACCACCGAGAGGAGCGAGGCGGCCGCCCGCCGCAACAUGCUGCUGCAUCCGCCGACGCGUCGCUGCUGCACCACCGACAAAACCAUCCGGGAGCGUCCGGGACGCGUCAGUGCCGACUAGGUGAAGGGAAUGCGGUGUUGGACUGUGUUGCUGCUGCUGGGGGCCGUCGGGGCCGAGUUGGACCCGUUCGGUGGGCCGCAGCACGAGCCCAAGCACUCGACCCUCAGCAGCCGCACCGUGCGGACCAAGUACGGCGACGUGCGCGGCGUCGUGUGGGAGCUGGACGGUCGGCACCUUGGGCCGGUCGAGGUGUUUCGCGGCAUCCCGUACGCCUCGCCGCCGGUAGGCAACCUGCGCUUCAUGCCGCCCGUGAACGGUGCUCAAUGGAAAGGGACCAAAAUGGCAGACCGCUUCAGUCCCGUGUGUCCGCAACGCCUGCCGGACAUCUCGGAAGAGCAGGAGGCCCUCCGGAAGAUGCCCAAGGGUCGCUACGAGUAUCUCAGACGUCUGCUCACCUACCUGCAGGACCAGAGCGAAGACUGCCUCUAUCUCAACAUUUACGCCCCGGCUCACUCUGGAGGAAGAGAGGCCGAAGGCAAAUACCCAGUGAUGGUCUACAUCCACGGCGAGUCUUUCGAGUGGAAUUCGGGCAACCCUUACGAUGGCUCCGUGCUCGCCAGCUACGGUGGGGUCGUCUUCGUCACCAUCAACUAUCGACUCGGCAUUCUCGGCUUCUUGAACGCCAACACUGACAGGUUUAUGAGAACGCCGGCCAACUACGGCCUCAUGGACCAAAUUGCGGCUCUCCAUUGGGUGAAGGAGAACAUUGCGGCCUUCGGCGGCGACCCCACCAACGUCACCAUCGUCGGGCAAAGCACCGGGGCCGCGUGCAUCAACCUCCUAAUGACAUCCAGUGCGAUUCCCGAUGGGAUGCUGUUUCACCGCGCAAUCCUGAUGAGUGGCUCGUCGCUAAGUCCAUGGGCGCUGGUGGCCGACCCGUCCAAGUUCGCGCGGCACGUGGCGUCGAGCGUCAACUGCAGCGUCGACGUGCCGGACACGCACCUGCUCAAGUGUCUGCGCGAGCGGCCGCUGGAGGCUUUGAUGCGGGUGCCGUCGCCGCAGCUGUACCCUGCAGAUGGCUCGCUGGACAUGGUGAGCGGCGGCCACUUUUCGGCCACGGCCUUCGGGCCCAGCGUGGACGGCGUGGUGAUCGACGCGCCGCCGCCGAUGGCCAACGUCUGGAACAGCGGGCAACAACGUGGUGGUUCCGGGAUUAAUUCGAACUUUGUCAUCCUGGACACGAUCGGCGGCUCGGCGGGCGGAGGGAGCUCCGGCAGCGUCAACCCUGAGGAAAUGAUGCAGAAAAAGUACAUCGACCGGCUUGGCAGGUACGACUUGCUGUUUGGGGUCGUCAGAGCCGAAGCGUACUUCGUGUUCGCCGCCGAAGACAUUCAGUACGGAAUCGAAAACGAACGGCGUGGAAAGCUGCUGAAAGCCUUUGUCAGAGACACCUACAGGUACCACCAGAACGAGAUUCUGGCGACGGUCGUGAACGAGUACACCGACUGGGAGCGUCCCGUGCAGCACCCGAUCAACAUUCGGGACGAGACAAUGGAGGCGCUCGGCGACGCCCAAGUGGUGGCGCCGCUCGUGCGCACCGGAGACUUCCACUCGGUCUCCAGACCCUCCAACUCGUUCUUCUAUGUCUUCGACUACCAGACCAAAUUCGGAGAUUUCCCUCAGCGGCAGGGGUGCGUGCACGGCGAGGAGCUGCCCUACAUUUUCGGCGCACCGCUGGUGGGCGGCCUCUCGCACUUCCCUCGCAACUACACCAAGGCCGAGGUGCAACUCUCCGAGGCAGUCAUGAUUUACUGGAGCAAUUUUGCGCGCACAGGGAACCCAAACGAGCCGCUGGAGCCAGACGCGGCGAUACUGCACGCUGGCAGGAGCGAGAGAAAUCGAUUCAGGAACAUCGAGUGGCCGCCCUACGAAGCCGUGCACAAGAAGUACCUCAGCAUCGACACAAAGCCGAAGCUGAAAAACCACUACCGAGCGCACCGGCUGUCCUUCUGGCUGAACCUGGUGCCCGACCUGCACCGUCCCGGGGGUCCGGACAUCCCGCCGUCGCACCACCUGCUCAACAGCCAGGACGAGGCGGAAACCUCGCAGCGCAGCUACUUUCCGUCCCUGCCCAAGUCGAUCUGGCCGGGCAUCUCGAGUCUAAUGCCGGGCGGGACGGCUGUGCCGAGCCAGGGCGGCGCCGGUGCCGGCGGGUUCAACCUGACAGCGGCCGUCAUGACGCGGGUCACCUCGAGUCCGAAAAUCGAGGAGAACGUCCAGUCGCUGCACACGCCGGAGAGCGGCGAGCAGCACGAGGACGGCUUCGCCGUUUACUCGACCGCGCUGUCCGUGACGGUGGCCAUCGGCUGCUCGCUGCUCAUCCUCAACGUGCUCAUCUUCGCCGGCGUCUACUACCAGCGGGACAAGCAGAAGAUCGAGGUGAAGCGACGCAACGAGAACGGUGGGCAGCUGGCCGAGCUGGAGCUGGCCGCCGCCGCGGCCGCCUCCAUGGGCAAGCACCAGCCGCCGCCUGACCCCGGCGGGGGCGGGCAGACGCAGCUGCCACCGCCAGAGUUCGCCGACGUGCUGCCCGCGGCGCACUACUACCCGCACCACCACCACCACCACACCCUUCCGCGGCCUCCGCCGCCCCCCAAGUCGGUAGCCCCGCCGCCCGAGCUGAUCGGCGGCCCAAUGCCCCCGCCGGCCGUGGUGGUCACCGCCUCCGGCACCCUGCAGCGCUCGCGGACGCACGUCGAGUCGGCGUCGAGCGGCGCCAGCUCCCCAGUGGGCAACGCUCCCGGCAAAACGGCCACGCUGAAGAAAGCCAACCUGCAUGGCAAGGUGUCCCAGCUGGCGAACUCUAUCGACGAGCUCAGAGUAUAACGGGCCCCGCGGGUCUAGUGCGCGACGAGGAAGGAGUCUUUCAUGCUGCGUGAGUGCGUGCGUGUGCGAGCGAGUAUGUCGGUGUCUUUACUGUGCUGCUGCCACCGUGGUAGCAUCCAUUGGAAAUAAUAAAAUGCCGCGAGUGUGUGUGUUUGUUUGUUUGUCUGCGAGUCAGUGAAAGAGUGUGCGCGCGACCGCGGAGCCAGGGACUCGUUUGUACACACAAACGUUCAGUGCGUGAUUCUCUCUAUCUAACCUAGCGAAUAGAGUCUAUUAUUGUUGCAUUGAAUUUAUAUGAAAUUAUUAUUAUACCAGAGAACAAUGGCACUCACUUGGAAACUGAAGGGAGAACUUCUAUAUGAGCACUUCUUUCCGCAAAUUCCUUUUCGUCGACGGGGUUGCCAGGCUUUAUUGUUUAUUCGUUGUGUGGAAUGUUUCGUGUUUUUUUGAGAAUGGGAAAGCAUUCCGAGAAAAAUGCGUCAAUCUUCAUUCUUGCUCCGUAAAAAGAUUAAUGGGAGCCCCAUUUCAAAUCUUGCUCUUUCUAUUUUACAAAAUCGAAAAUUAAAAAAAAACACAGCACUUCGAAAAUUCGUGAUGUAUUUAGCUUUAUCACAGGGAUCUCCCACGUAAAUUGCAUUCCACGUUGUGUCAACUGAGAUUGCAUUACAGUCUAGGAAGCAUUUUUCACCCACCACGUCACAUUCCACGCUCGGCAGAUUUUAUGAUCUGGCAGCCUCGUAUAUCCCAUUCGCUGAUUUACAAACCUUUUCCAUGCGUGCAAUUCGGCGACAGAAAUUCACAGCUCCAGUUAGAGCACGUUUUUAAUAUCCCCCGUUCCGCGAUGAGAGAAACUUUUUAAUUUUUCAUAUGCGCUGCUCCCUCGAAACUUGUUGCUCGUGACGAGAUACGACGACGUGCACACACGCAUUUGCCAUAUUGAGAGAGAGAACAGCGCGCAGCACAGCUCUGCGCGCGAUUUUUAAUCUGCAAGCAUGAUGUAUUAUGAAAAUCACCGGGCUGCCGCUGGCUAAAUAAAGAAUCUUAUUAACGUAAAAGCUUUUCAGUUAAUCCUUUGCUUGUACAUUGAACAAAAAGUGCUGCGAUCUGAGUCAGGCGCCGUUAAAUGAAUAGUAAAGAGGAUCACCAUUGAAAGGACACGCAAUUAAACGCGCGUCGUCCAGCCUCGACCUUCAGAACGCCUACGCGCGGAAAAAUAAAAGCGAGUGCUCGCGUCCAACGCUAAUUGCUAAAUCUUAAUAAUAAAUUUCUCAAAGGGUCGCGCACAAUCAUUCCCUCUUUUCCCGCAGACCGGCCGCCGCUUUUUUUCUGCCCGCUUGCAAUUUAAAAUUCCGCCCUUAGCCACCCUCGACUCGUAAAAUCGAUAACCGUAAAAACCCGACCUGCUUUCGUAAUUGAAGUCAUUCCCGACGCAAUCCGCUGUUUUAACCCUUAAAUUGAUGUCCCUUUAAGUGCCUCGGCUGCUUCGUUAACAUUUAAACAAAAACACGGCGGCAUUUAUUCCCGAAGUGGAGGUCGCAUGAACUCUCUGUGCACGUCUCGGGUUUUAUUUUAUCCAGCAGCAGCAGCAGAAGCUCUCGCCGGGUCGUAAAUCGCAUCUGUGGUUUUCUGUUGCCGACCAGCACUUUCCCAGUGCAGCCAGAAGGGUUGAUAAACUCGAUAUUUUCACGUGAAAAAACUAACUACGCUGUUUGUACCCAAAAUAGUCCACCACUUCCAUUGCGCUGACCGCGCACUUGUUAAUUGACGUGUCACAAAAAGGUUGUAUUUACGUAAAUCAGCCGCACUUCAUUGCGCCAGGGGCUAAAAUGCCACGCAAAUCCUCAGUUCUGAGUAGGAAAAAAAUCGGUUUCCCUCUUCUUGGCAUUUGAUUUACGUCAAUUUUCCUAAGUGGCGCCGACGAGUUGCGGCAAGAACAAUUAAUGGAUCACUCAAAAAAACAAAAUCAAACGAGCAUAGUAUUAAACAAUCAGACACAUCCUCCUCCUUGGAUUAGCAAAAGAAGUGCAUUAUUUGCUUAAAUCGUAAUGCUGACCAAAAAACUCAAAAUGAUAUAGUCUCGAUUUCGUGUUGGACGCGGAUCGUCACUUUGAUAUUGUCAUCUGAACCUUUUUGUCCCAACCCGAAGAUUGAUUGGCUAUUCGAUUCGGCCAUUGUGCAAAAAUGCUCUCAACGGGCUGCUUAUUCUGUAAAAAUUUGUCUCUCGCAGGGUUCGGAACAAAACCACUCUCACACACUUACGAGAAAACGCUCAAUGUUUUUAUAUUUGACCAAUGCCACUAUGUAUAUUUAAUAGAAACUACGAGGAAAAAAUUAUUACACGUUUGAAACUUUUGUGGAGAGAAAGACAAACACUAUAUGAAUGCGACACACGCUCUGUUUGGCUGAGAGAGAUUAUAAUUAUACAAAAGAAAAAAAUAUUGAAUGGACUUGCUGUCUUUUUUGGGGAAAUCCCCUCUAUGGAGACAGACUCAAUGCAUUUUCGGACGCAGCUGGAAUUUUUAAACCUCUACUUUUUUACUUUUAACGCGAAAUUGUUCUGACUUAGACGAAACUGUGACUCGUUAGAUGAUAUCACUUCGAUAGCAACAGUGAAUUAUGUACAUUCAAUUAUUUCAGCAGUGUGUACGUGAGUAAUUAAAGCAGAAAAACGCAAAAGCCCCAGCAUCUCAUUAUUACGCUAAACACUUGAUUGUUCCCCAUCCUUUUUGGUGACCGCGAGAUGGACAAGAGGCGAAAUUGUUACACUGACGCACUACGCAAGCAGAGACAAAUGACGAGAAGAGAGAAAGGAACGCGCGCCUUGAUGUAAAAAUAGCCGUAAUAGAUUGGCGCGCGUGCACACGGUGUUAAAUUAUGCCUGGAAAGUAUAUAUUAUUUUAAUUGGAAACAAACAACUGUUUGUAUGACUGAUAAAUAAAAGUCAUCAAACCCUUCGAAACGCCAA